ACAUAUUGUUGGAUGCUGAGAUGAACCCGAAAAUAUCUGAUUUUGGUACAGCUAGGGUCUUUGGUGUGAACGAACACGAACAACGUACCAAUCAAGUUGUUGGAACAUUCGGAUACAUGUCGCCUGAAUACGCAAUGGAAGGCAUAAUCUCCGUCAAAUCCGAUGUUUACAGCUUUGGGGUAUUAAUUCUAGAGAUUGUGAGUGGCAUGAAGACCGGCACCACAACCCCAAAGAGCUCAUGUGCAUGCACUCAUAACCUUAUAAAUUAUGCGUGGAGCUUAAGGAAGGAUGGGAAAUUGAUGGAUCUAAUCGAGUCAUCUAUCAUCGAGGAUUGCUCUCUCGCUGAAGCUCUACGAUGCAUCCAUGUCGGACUCUUGUCGGUGCAGGAUGACCCGGACGCUCGCCCUCUCAUGUCUUGGGUGGUAGCAAGCCUGGAUAACAAAGGCAUUGAGCUCGCGCAGCCGAAAGAACCUAUGUGCUUUACACAUCGUAAAUACGGAGCCGGGGAAAGCCAUGUACAUGACAUGAGCCUCGAAAACCUUAAGGGGUGCUAGAAAACCAUUGGUCCUGUCUUGUCCUUGUGACACUAAUGUC